CUGCACUCCAAUUCUGACAAAGGUGAUGGAUCAGUCAAAUACAUUCUUACUGGAGAAGGCGCGGGGACGAUAUUUAUUAUUGAUGACACAACUGGAGACAUCCAUUCAACCAAAAGCCUAGAUCGAGAGCAGAAGACACACUAUGUGCUUCAUGCCCAAGCUAUUGAUAGACGGACAAACAAGCCGCUUGAGCCUGAAUCUGAAUUUAUUAUCAAAGUGCAGGAUAUCAACGACAAUGCACCAAAAUUUACAGAUGGACCGUACAUUGUUACUGUACCAGAGAUGUCUGAAAUGGGUACGUCUGUUCUACAGGUGACAGCCACAGAUGCAGAUGACCCUACAUAUGGAAACAGCGCCAGAGUAGUGUACAGUAUUCUUCAGGGACAGCCAUAUUUCUCUGUUGACCCUAAAACAGGUUUUAAGACGCUCAUUUUCUAA